AUGCUGCAAGUCGAGUUGCCGUCGAACUACAUGACCAAGAACGACCUAACCUGGCUGAGACACUUUGGCGAGUGCGACGACGUAUUCACGUGCCUCAACGUCGAGGGUAGGAAGGGACGACAGACGAGGGACAUGGGCACUGGCAGAGCGACACGCAAGGAGUACAGAAUGCUCACCGACGAAGAGAGGAAUCGUUUUCACAAUGCCAUCAUUCGAUUCAAAAACCACUACGUAGGCGGACGAAGCAGGUACGACAUUUUCCUGACCUUUCAUAUGGCCCAUCGUUCUCCGGCGGCGCAUUUUGGAGCCUCUUUCCUUCCGUGGCACAGAGAGUACUUGAAAGAAAUUGAACUCGCCUUGAGGACGUAUGACCCUACGAUAGGAAUACCGUACUGGGAUUCGACGCUGGAUGAGGGUUUGCCUGAUCCGUCCGAUUCGAUCCUGUUCUCUCCCGAGUUCAUGGGCAACGCCAAUGGUCGAGUGGUUACAGGCCCAUUCGCGUACUGGCGUACAACUCUAGGCGGUUUCCUGGAAAGGGACGCCGGUCGGUCGGGUGCGCCGCUCUACUCGCCGUCUUCACUCGCAUACAUCUUCAAUCGCAGCUCCUUCAGCCAGCUGACGUACUGCGUGGACCCCUUUUUUGAAAUGGCACACGGCGGAAUACACGCAUGGGUAGGAGGGCCGAUGGAGAUCAUAGAGUACUCGCCGAACGAUCCGAUCUUCUUCCUGUUACACUCGUUCGUCGACUACCUGUGGGAGGUGUUCCGGCAGACGAAGCAGACCUCAGAGGAGCGAGAAACCGAUUACCCCCCUCCUGAACAAUGCUGCAGUAUCCAGCACUCGGCGCAGAGUACGAUGCUGCCGUUCGCGAAGCGAAACAUCGACGGCCUGUCGAAUUCUUACCUGGACGAGUUCUACCAUUACGAAAUGUCGCCGUCUUGCAACAAGUUUCAGCCGUUCUGUUACUCGCCUUACCUCUUCUGUGACAUCAACAGAAACAGGUGUCUGAGCAAAGUUAUGUUGGGCGGUUCGUGCGCCGGUUUCGAGUUCACCGACAUCUGCUACCAAGGAAGGUGCGUCAACGGCGUUUGCAUUUGA